CUGCACCCCCUCCCCGAGGGCCCACUAUAAGAGGCGGGAGGAGUGGCUCUCACCUCCAGUCGGUGGAUGUAGUCACUCGGAGUGGGAUUCUCCUGCUCCGGUCCUGGAGGUGCCGCUUUAUCAUCAUAUCUCAUCGACUUCUUUUGCUUCCUUUAUUAUUAUUAUUAUAUAUUUUUUUUAAUUAUUUUUACUUUAUUGUUGGAUUAAUUUAACAUUUGAGGCAAUAUGAUACUCAGGUACUUGCUACCGAUAUCAUUCCUCUUCCUCCGCACGCUCGCUCAAGAUGGCGAGCAGGACGACGACACCUCCUUCGACUUGUUCGAAGUGAGUCACAUCAGCCGCAAGACACUGGGGGCCAAACAGUUCCGGGGCCAGAACUCGGACGCCCCCGCCUACCGCUUCAUCCGCUUCGACCACCUGCCCCCGGUGAGCCCCGUUAUCCUCGGGCAAAUAGUGCGCCAGAUCCAAAACAACGAGGGCUUCGUGUUCGUGGCCAGCAUCCGUCAGGACCGCAGCUCUCGGGGGACCCUGCUGGGCUUCGAGGGUCCCGACGGCCAGCGCCAGUUUGAGAUCGUGUCCAACGGACGCGCCAACUCCCUGGACCUGGUCUACUGGCUGGAAGGUGCCCAGAACAUCGUUUCGUUCGAGGACGUGGACCUGUCCGACUCCCAGUGGAAGAACAUAGCGCUGCAGGUCCACGGGGAGAACGCCAACCUGUACGUGGGCUGCAGCCUGGUGGACAGCGUCAUCCUGGACGAGCCGUUCUAUGAGCACCUGCAGGCCGAGGGCAGCCGCAUGUAUGUGGCCAAAGGAUCCAUCCGGGAGAACCACUUCAGGGGUCUUCUGCAAAAUGUGCGGUUCAUCUUUGACACCACAAUCGAGGACAUCCUGCUGAGUCGAGAUUGUGAAGUUUCCAAACAAGAUGAUGCCAAUAUUGUAAGCGAAAGCACAGAGAUCGUGGAUGUGAGUCCUUCCAUCACCACCAACAUCAUUGGCCAGAAGCGAGAUGACGCGGGCGCAGACAUGUGCGACCGCUCCUGCGAGGAGCUGAGCACCAUGUUCCAAGAGCUCAACGGCCUCCGAGUGGUCGUCAGUAAUCUCAUUGAUGGCUUGCAAAAAGUGACGCAGGAGAACACCGUCAUGAAAGAGGCCCUUGGAAAGAUGAAGAACACUAAGGAGAAGAACAUGUGUUGGCAGGAUGGCCGACUGUUCGAUGACAAGGAAGACUGGGUUGUAGACAGCUGCACCAAAUGUACCUGCCAGGAGUCCAAGGUAGUGUGUCACCAAAUUACCUGCCCCGCAGUGGCCUGUGCCAGCCCUACAUUUGUUGAUGGCGAGUGUUGUCCUGUGUGUCUGCCUAAAGGCAGUGAGCAUGGCUGGUCCCCGUGGUCCGAGUGGACAGAGUGCACAGUCACCUGCGGGACAGGAACUCAGCAGAGGGGAAGGUCAUGUGAUGCAACCAGUAACCCCUGCACAGGACCUUCAAUCCAGACUCGCAAGUGCAGCCCAGGAAGAUGUGACAGUCGCGUUCGCCAGGAUGGAGGAUGGAGCUUGUGGUCGCCGUGGUCAUCCUGCUCAGUGACCUGCGGAGACGGCCAGAUCACCAGGAUACGACACUGUAAUGCCCCCAUGCCUCAGCUGGGGGGGAGAGACUGCGAUGGAAAUGGGCGAGAGACUCAGCGCUGCACUGCAGAGCCUUGUCCGAUCGAUGGAGGUUGGGGGCCUUGGUCUCCGUGGGCAACCUGCUCAGCAACAUGCGGUGGUGGGAUCAAAAGUAGGAAACGUGAAUGCAACAGCCCUCAUCCUCAGUACGGCGGCAGGAAGUGUAUCGGAGAGGUCAACGACAGUGACAGCUGUAACAAAAAAGACUGUCCUGUUGAUGGCUGUCUGUCUAACCCGUGCUUUGGGGGAGUGGACUGCAGCAGUUCUCCGGAUGGUUCCUGGGAAUGCGGGCCAUGCCCAGCUGGUUUCCGUGGAAAUGGUACCCACUGUGAAGAUGUCAAUGAGUGUGACAUGGUGUCUGACAUUUGCUUCAACGUGGGCGGACUGCAGCGCUGUGUCAACACCGAUCCAGGGUUCCAUUGCCUCCCUUGCCCUAAACGCUACAAGGGCACCCAACCUUUCGGGAUGGGGAUGGAUGCCGCUAAGAAGAACAAGCAGGUGUGCGAACCAGAGAAUCCCUGCAAGGACAAGACACACAACUGUCACAGAUCAGCUGAAUGUAUCUACCUUAGCCAUUUCAGUGAUCCCAUGUAUAAGUGUGAGUGUCGCACUGGUUAUGCUGGUGAUGGUUAUAUCUGCGGUGAGGACUCUGACCUCGAUGGCUGGCCCAAUCAGAACCUUGUGUGUGGAGCCAAUGCCACCUACCAUUGCAAGAAGGACAAUUGCCCCAGCCUGCCCAACUCUGGACAAGAAGACUUUGACAAAGAUGGCCAAGGAGACGCUUGUGAUAAGGAUGAUGACAAUGAUGGAAUCUUGGAUGAGAGGGACAAUUGCGCCCUCCUUUACAACCCUCGCCAGUCUGACUUUGACAAGGAUGAAGUAGGUGACCGCUGUGAUAACUGUCCUUAUGAGCACAACCCUAACCAGAUUGACACGGACCACAAUGGGGAAGGGGAUGCCUGUGCUGUAGACAUUGAUGGAGAUGAAAUCAUGAAUGAGAAUGACAACUGCCCUCUUGUAUACAAUACUGACCAGAAGGACACAGACAUGGAUGGAGUUGGCGACCAGUGUGAUAAUUGUCCCCUCCUGCACAAUCCUCUGCAGAUGGACUUAGACAACGACUUGGUGGGAGAUCAGUGUGACAACAACCAGGAUAUUGACGAAGACGGCCAUCAGAACAACCUGGACAACUGUCCGUACGUGGCCAACGCCAACCAGGCCGACCACGACAAAGACGGCAAAGGAGACGCAUGUGACUUUGAUGAUGAUAACGACGGUGUACCUGAUGACAGGGACAAUUGCAGACUGACCCCCAAUACAGACCAGCUGGACUCUGAUGGUGAUGGAAGAGGUGAUGCCUGCAAAGAUGACUUUGACAAUGACAGUAUCCCAGAUAUCCUCGAUGUCUGUCCAGAGAACAACGCCAUCAGCAUCACAGACUUCAGGAAGUUCCAGAUGGUCCACUUGGACCCAAAGGGAACCACUCAAAUCGACCCCAACUGGGUGGUGAGGCACCAGGGCAAAGAGCUUGUGCAGACUGCUAACUCUGACCCAGGCAUUGCAGUAGGCUUCGAUGAAUUCAGUGCUGUGGACUUUAGCGGCACGAUGUAUGUGAACACAGACAGGGACGACGACUAUGCAGGCUUUGUUUUUGGCUACCAGUCGAGUGGGCGCUUUUAUGUGGUGAUGUGGAAGCAGAUCACACAAACCUACUGGGAGGACAAGCCCUCCAAGGCCUUUGGCAUCUCUGGUGUGUCUCUCAAAGUGGUCAACUCGACCACCGGUACUGGAGAACACCUCAGGAAUGCCUUGUGGCACACUGGCAACACUCCUGGAGAGGUACGCACUCUGUGGCAUGACCCCAAAAAUAUUGGCUGGAAAGAUUACACAGCUUACAGGUGGCACCUCAUCCAUAGACCGAAAACUGGUUUCAUCAGAGUUGUUGUAUACGAGGGUAAACAGAUCAUGGCUGACUCAGGACCAGUUUAUGACAAGACAUUUGCUGGUGGAAGGUUAGGAUUGUUUGUCUUCUCACAAGAGCUGGUCUUCUUCUCCGACCUCAAGUAUGAGUGCAGAGAUGAGCUGGACUUGCCGACAAGGGUGAAAAGAUAACUGAAUCAAGAUGGCGAACGGGGAUCUCAAAGUAAACAUCACAUCGUCACAGAAUGCAUUUCAACGCAAAUGAGACUUUCCAUGCUCUUCCAUGUCUCCACGCUGCAGAGGAAACCAUGACUCUGAUUUCCUCUUUUCCGGGUGACUUGUAUGUAUACGUUCCCCUCAAUGGAGGGUGCGCGGGAGGACGGACAUGAGUGGAUGGGUGGCAGAAACUAUGCAGAAUAUUUCGUUUUAACUAAUGUACUUAUGACUACAUUUUUAAACAAUUCAUUGUACAACCACUUAGAUUCUGUAUGUGCUUUCUUACACUAUGUGAACCAAAAUGUGGUUUGUUUGAGAUUCUUUUUCUUGGCUCCUGUACAGUAUGUCACAAUAAUCGUAUCAGUAACCAAAACAUCAUUUUACUGUCAUUUCUUUUAACCCUGAAUGUUUUUAAUUGAGGACUUGAGUGAACAACUAUUUUUUAAAAGCCAUUUUAGUAAAUGCCAAAGAUGUUUAUACUAAGUCUGUAUUAUAAUUCCUUUUGUAAGUUAUUUAUGCUUGUUGCUUGAUUUGUUUUGGGUAUUUUUGCAUUUUUUUCUAGAGUUUGUAAAUAUUAUUUAUUUGUUCACACUGACAAAGCGCAUAAUCGAGAACCAUAACUAUCCAGAAGAAAUUAUCACGUGUUUACAUAUGCCCUCAUUAUUGUCAAAGUUCAGUCGAGGAAUUUUGAAAGUUUCCUUCACUAAAGCAAUUUGCAACUUUUCUUGAAUGCAACUGAAAAUACUUUGAGGCAGUUUACUUUGGCAGUAACAUUUGUUUAAAAGGAAGUGUAAUACACUAAAUGUGUGUUUUCGAGGCUUGUUUUCACCUUAAUUCUUUGGCUCGUAAUUAUGGUUUGUGCUACACAGUGAGACAUUAUCGCAUGAACGGCAAAAAGUCAGAGCUUUAACAAGCAGCCAUUAUGUGCAAUGGCUUCAUUAACAGUGUGAAUAUUCAUAUGGUAACCAUUUCUUAAAAAGGUUUAUUUGUCUAGGUACAAUUUAUUGUUCUUCCAGGAAACAUUUGCGACGUGGUCAUUCCCUUGCACAAAAUAAUGUUUUGUUGUGUAAGAUUGUUCUUUUUCAUAAAUAAAUCACUUGUACACAUUU